CCCUCCGCGUCCCGGGGCAGGGCGAGCGCUCGGGAAAGUUCCCGCGGUCCCGCUUCGCGCGGAGCUCGGAGAUCGGUGCAUGGCGCCCGCUGCCUGUCCGCGGGUGCCCCGGAACGAGCGGACGCCGAACGGCGACGUGGCCGUCCCCGGGCGUGACCCAGGGCUCGGCGGACAGAUCUGACGGCUCAGAGGCCGAGGGACAGGAUGAGCUGGUUGCCUACAGAUGCCCCUCCCUGUCCCACGGAGCGGCCUGAGCCCAGUGUGAGGGGCAGAGAUGGCCGAGUGUGCAAGUGAAGUCCCUGUGUUGGCUGCCACAGACAGCUCUGUGUCUGAACCACCUGGCGGCCCCAACGUGUCUCUCAAUGGUUCGUGGGCCACCCCUACAGAGCCCAGUUCCCUAGAGGAUCUGGUGGCCACAGGUGCUAUUGGGGCGCUGCUAUCAGCCAUGGGCAUGGUGGGCGUGGUGGGCAACGCCUACACGCUGGUGCUUAUGUGCCGCUGGCUGCACAGCACUGCCUCCAUGUACAUCUACGUGGUCAACCUGGCGCUGGCCGACUUGCUCUACCUGCUCAGCAUCCCCUUCAUUAUGGCCACAUACAUCACUAAGAAGUGGCACUUUGGAGAUGUGGGCUGCCGAGUCCUCUUCAGCUUGGAUUUCCUGACCAUGCAUGCCAGCAUCUUCACGUUGACCGUCAUGAGCAGCGAGCGCUACGCAGCGGUGCUGAGGCCACUGGACAUGGUGCAGCGUUCCAAGGGCUACCGCAAGCUCCUGGUGCUGGGCACUUGGCUGCUGGCGCUACUGCUGACACUGCCUAUGAUACUGGCUGUCCAGCUGGUCCACCGGGGCCCCAAGAGCCUCUGCCUGCCGGCCUGGGGCCAGCACGCCCAUCGCGCAUACCUGACGCUGCUCUUUGGGACCAGCAUUGUGGGGCCUGGCCUGGCCAUUGGGCUGCUCUACGUGCGCCUGGCCCGGGCCUACUGGCAGUCGCAGCGGGCCUGCUUCAAGCAGACACGGCGGCUGCCCAACCCACGGGUGCUCUACCUUAUCCUCAGCAUCGUGCUGCUCUACUGGGCCUGCUUCUUGCCCUUCUGGCUGUGGCAGCUGCUGGCCCAGUACUGUGAGGCCCUGCCACUCACGCCCCAGACAGCGCGCAUCGUCAACUACCUGACCACCUGCCUCACUUAUGCCAACAGCUGCGUCAACCCCUUCCUCUACACACUGCUCACCAAAAACUACCGUGAGCACCUACGUGGCCACCUGCGAUCAGUGGGCAGCAGCAGCCCUGGGCCUGUAGGUGUCCACAGCUCCCGGCAGUGCCCAGUCCGCUUCCAGCGUGGCUCAGGCCACUCCCUGUCCUCCUGCAGCCAGCAGGCCACUGAGACCAUCACGCUGUCCCUGGUGGUCUCUGGGGGGCCUGUAUCAGAGGGCCCCCGGGCCCCAGUGUGAGCAUGGCACAGGCAGCUGGAGCCCAGAUAACUGGAGCCCUCCUGUGGCCCCUGCAGAGAGCCCCCCCCACUCCCCACUGCCAGGCCCUGCCCUUCAGUCCUCUUCCCGAAAGUUCCCUGUUAUACCUUCCCCAUAUUGCCUGUCUGUGCAGGCCUCCAGGAGACUGAGGCCUGACCCAGCCUCUGAAGGCUGCAGUGGGUCAGGCUCCCUAAGUGGUGAGUGGCCUGCUGGCCCCUCCAGUCCUGGGCCCUCCAGGCAGCCCCACUGCUCACAUCUCUAGCCCUGAGCCCUCUGGGUGACCCCACUGCUCGCAUUUCCAGCCCUGGGCCCUCCGGACAGCCCCAUUGCUCAUAUCUCCAGUGCGGAAACAGUAAAGUCUUAGCUCCCUGAGUCCUGCCUCAGCACCUGGGACACAGGUCUGACGGUGGAAGGAGGUAAGAGCCCACUGGUACCCCCCACCCCACCUCCAAAAAGCCCUGCAGCAUAUGGGGAGGCUAUCAGUCUGGCUGGGGAGGGCAUGCAUCUGCCUUUAGGGCCUUUGCUAGAGACUGGUCCUGCUGUCCCCACACAUGGGAGCCCCCCUUCUCAUUUGGAGGGGGUACCCCUGAGGCUGCAGGGUGGGCUGAGAAGUGGGUGGGAGGGACUGCCCAGCAAAGAGCAGAAAGCAAGAGCUCAAGGUCGCUGGCCUGACCUGCCAGGGCCCCACCAGCCGCAAUCCACAUGGAGCCAAGGUCUGAUCAGCAAUGAAAUCCAAGGCCCACAUCGCAGCACCCUUGUGUAGUCUCUGCCCUACCUACCCCAGCUGCCUCGAGGACAGACUGCUGCCCCUUCCUCCAACUUGUCCUCUGCCUCCCACCUGCUUCUCAGCACCCGUGGCCAGACCUGGGGAUACUCAUGGCAUGCUGGGGCUGCCCCAACCUGUGCCUGGUGGUGCCCACCUCCUGCAGCCCUGAAGGGGCUCCCAUUGUCAGGGGCUGGGACCCAAGAGCUACAGCUGGCACCUGCAGUGAGGUUAGGGCUACCACUGAGCACCUGUGAGCAGCUAUUCUGGGGCUUUUGAUUCGUGCAGGUUUCCCAGGGUUGAUGACACUGCUCUGGAUCUAGACGGCGCUGGCUGGUGGCAUCGUGAGUGAGUGGGUGCCACAGAACCUUGCAGUGGCACUUUUUGUCAUGAAAGUUUACCUGAAAAAAUGAAAAGAAACUGCAAUUUGAGGCCAGGUGCAGUGGCUCAUGCCAGCACUCUGGGAGGCUGAGGCAGAUGGAUUGCCUGAGCUCACAGGUUUGAGACCAGCCUGAGCAAGAGUAAGAUCCCAUCUUU